AUGGCUACAACAUCACGACCUCGACGACACUGGGAUGAUCAUCUCAAGCACGGUCAGCAGCUUCUCAGAAACCUGAACUCGCCAAUGAGCGUUGUUGAACAGAGUCGUUUUGUCGGAUACGGCGAUCUUAAGAAGUAUGGCUGGAGACUUGUUGAUGAUCAUGCCCUCAGGUACGACAACGACGACCUUCAUGCGAGGUUCAUGCCGGAAUCAAUGAAGCAGAUUUUCGACAAGUACGAUCUAUCCAAAGACCCCAGAGACAACCGUAGGGUAUCUUUCGCCAACGAUCGCGCAGUCCAUGUCGAUGGCAGAUAUCGCCCUAAGACAGGUGGUGAGUUCGGCAACAUCUACAACCCGGGGCUUAUCAUCGCCACAUACAACUAUCGCCCAGGCUUCUGUCAACCGGGAUACGACGACACUCCGCUACCCAAAGAAGACCUCACACCAUUGAAGUACUGGUCCGAUGUAGUGUUCCUCCAGUAUCAGCAACAGCUUUAG